AUGCCCGUUGACAAAAUCGGGGUCAAAGACGAUCCACGCGUAAAGUACGAGUCUGCCACCGUGAAUGGUCGGAAUUAUGGGUACCUCCUCAGUCAACCACCAUCCGGCCAGUACCGGGCAACUAUUUUUUUGAUCCAUGGAUUUCCCGACAUUUCAAUGGGGUGGCGAUACCAGAUUCCAAUGCUGGUGGAAAUGGGGCUGCGCGUCGUGGCUCCAGACUGCUUAGGCUAUGGCCGCACGGACGCCCCCGAGGACUCUAUCCAUUACGGACACAAGGGCUUAGCAGACGAUAUCAAAGCUCUCGCUUCCCACCUGGGUGAAUCGAGCAUCAUAUUGGGUGGGCAUGACUGGGGCGCUGCUCUUGCUUACCGCAUUGCUCUCUGGCAUCCCGAUCUCAUCAGCCACCUCUUCACGGUCUGUGUGCCUUACGCUGGUCCCAAGAAGGAUUUUAUUCCUCUGGAGAAUAUUGUCCAAACUGUUGCGCCGAACUUCACGUAUCAGAUGCAAUUUUACAGUGGAGAGGUUGAGAAGGUGAUCAAAUCCAAGGAGGAGAUUAAGCAGUUUCUUCUUGCUUUGUAUGGAGGCAGAACGGCAGAAGGGAAGACUGGUUUCGUAGCAGAGAAGGGUGUGUUGUUGGAUGAGGUCAUGAAACUGCAGCCUUCGCGGUUGCUGAGUGAGGAGGAGCUGGAGUAUUACGCCACGGAGUUUUCAAGGAAUGGAAUCCAUGGACCUUUGAACUGGUACCGAACUCGGAAGGUCAACUUCGAUGAUGAGCUGAGCAUUUUGGGCCGUGGUAUCACCAUGCCUACGCUUUUCAUUCAGGCUCUUCGAGACCCGGCUCUGCCGCCUCAUAUGGCAAAGUCUAUGCAGAAGAACAUUCCUGGGGUUGUUUUGAAGGAAGUCGAUACUUCUCACUGGGCGCUAUGGGAGAAGCCCGAGGAGGUAAAUGCUAUAUUAGCUUCCUGGCUGAAUGAGGUUGUAUUUGCAAACAAAUCGGCGCAGAAACUAUAA